AACGUGGUCAUCAUUGGUCAAUCGGGGGCGGGGAAAAGCUCACUCAUUAACAUGCUUUGCCCCGGGGCUCAUGCUCCUGUCUCGAACGACACGACCGGUUGCACAAGGGUAGAAAAAGAGUAUAAGUGCGACCUCGGGCAACAGCAAUAUUGCCAGGUGCACGAUACAGUGGGUCUCGAAGAGGGGCGUUGGGGCUUCCUUCCGGACAAGCCAGCGCAGAAGAAACUCAAAGCAUACUUGGCGAUGAUGAUGAAGAGGACACCGAGUGAACUAGACCUCCUGGUGUACUGCAUACCAGGAACAAGAGGCCUGAAGAAAUCCCAUUGUCGCAACUUUAACAAUUUCAAGCAGGAAGUGGGAAACGUGCACGUUGUAGUGGUUGUCACCCACUUGGACAAUUGGAGGGGACAUUUGGAGACCUGGUGGACAAAAAAUGCGCUUACACUCGAAAAGCUCGGUAUUCCGGACUCUACUAAACAUGCAUGCGUCACCACACUACCCAAGGAUUACCUCAAUCGAAGCCAAAUAUAUCUCUACGAUCAAUCUUGUGAGGAUGUCAAAGCCCUGAUCAGGAACAACCUUCCACGAAUCCGCUAG